AUGCUCCCCCAGCUGAGCGACCUGAUUCCAGGGUCGCUUGAACUUGACAUUGAAAGACAGAAUCCCAGUAAACCGAUCCCUGGCCAUGUUCCAUACAUUCGAGGGAUUCGAGAACCCCGCGGGUCUGAUUCAGACUCGGGGGCGCAACGAACGUCAGCCUUCGGUCGGUCGGCGGGUUACAACUCUUCGCGCCUGUACAUCCUGCAGACACCGGAAGAUCAAAUCAGUGUCAUUAUUCCGACCCUCGACCGUCUCGGAGGAAUCGUCAUGGCUUACCAAAUCUGGGGAAACAGACAUGUGGAGAAAUUGUCUACCACGCUCGACGAGUACCGGAGUGUCCUCGAGAAGCUCUUCCCCACGUUGGCACCGGAGACCCUGGUCAAUUUGCCACGCGAGAAGCUCGUGGAGCUAAUGGGCAAGGGUGCUUCACCGGUGCAUGCUCAGGUGCCACUGCCCCAUCAUCCAGCGUCGCCGGCUACUUCUGCCUCGGUUGACGCGCAUGUGUCGCCCAUGUCCAAUGAAGAUGGCAACCUCGAGUCGCUACAGACGAUGCCUGAAGAUUCCGAUGUGCGGAACCUUAGCGGUGCAGAGAUGGCCAACGGCAUUUCUGACGACGUAAACGCGCUUUCCCUCUCCGCUCGACAAGCCUCCUCAUAUCUGGGGGUAUCCUCCAUAAACGCAGUGCUCAAGGUGAUCGUCUGGCUUGACCCGGGCUGCUUGGGCUACUUCUCUCGCAUUCCGGCUGUCAACCGCCAGGACGUGGCCAUGGACUACCCUCCCCCUCCUCCUCUUUCAGACAUCCAGACUUGGGGCUCCUCUCAAGCCCCGCCCGAGACACCCCCGCAGCCCCAGUUGCAAGCCACCGAUCAACAACUCCUCGACGCCUAUUUCACAUACUUUCACCCCUUUGUUCCCAUGCUGGAUGAGCAGUGCUUCCGCGAGACUUACAUCACCGGUCGGCGGAAAGAUGAUCGCUGGCUUGGACUGCUCAACAUUGUCUUUGCGCUCGGCAGCAUCGCUGCGGGCACGGCGGACGAUGUAUCUCAUCAGACAUACUAUGCACGCUGCAAGAGAUACGUGAGUCUGGAGUCACUAGGUUCCUCACACAUGGAAACCAUCCAGACUCUGGGUCUUUUGGGUGGCUAUUACCUCCACUACAUCAGUCAGCCAAACCUGGCGUAUUCGCUGAUGGGAGCGGCACUGCGCAUGGCUGCCGCCUUGGGGUUUCACAAAGAGUUUUCGGACAGCCCAGACGGGCUGAAGAAGCAGAUGAUAUCGUCUUCCGAUCUCAAGCGGCGUGUAUGGUGGUCGCUGUUCUGCAUGGACACUUGGGGCGGGAUGACUCUCGGUCGUCCGAGCAUGGGCCGGUUUGGCCCGACCAUCACGGUCAAAUUGCCCCAUUGUCGAGAAUCGGAAAAUGUUCUUGAUAUCCUCCCAUUGCUGGAGAACGUCCGAUUCUGCAAGAUCGCCACUCAGAUCCAGGAGGUCCUGGCUGUGUCGCCGUUGACGAGACACCAUGAGAUGUUCCAUUUUGAUAACCAACUCCUCGAAUGGUACGAGAAUCUCCCGUACAUUCUGAAGGAUCACGAGCCAUGUUCCGAGUCCAUUGCGAUCACAAGGACGGUGAUGAAAUGGCGUUACUAUAACCAACGCAUGCUGCUGUACCGGCCAACGCUGCUGAGCUAUGCCAUGCGUCGCGUUCCCUACAUCGCGCUGCGGUCUGAAGAGCGCACCUCAAUUGAACGAUGUCGCGACAUUGCAGAGGCCACCAUCCAAGACAUCGCGUCGACAGCGCAGUCACACGGGAUGUCGGGGUGGAACGCCGUCUGGCUCCUGUUCCAGGCAACAAUGGUUCCGCUCUUGGGGUUGUUUCUCAAUGAUGGCACCACCAACGACCCUCGAGCGAGCAUUGAAUCAUGCCAAGGACAGGUAAAGAUGGCAAUGCUUACUCUGGCACGGCUGCAGCCGUGGAGCCCGACCGCCAAGCGAACGCUUGACGCCGUCGCCCGCAUUUUCGAGGCCAGUAAACGAGGGUCUGACAUGGGUGGCGACAUGAACGGGCAGUACGGAACUCCGCGGGACAGCAUCGUCUCCGGCGUCGCACCCCCUGCCAUUUUGCCGUCCCAGAAUGAAUUCGGCAGGGGUGUCAUGGUGGCCAACGAGGUCAGCUUUACAGACCCUUUCGCGCCGUCGUUCAUGGAUGAUUCGGCUGGGCAACAGCUGUGGGACUUCCUCAGCUGGAGCGACAGCAAUCUAUGGCCUGGCAUUGCCGAUCUGGACUGUUCACCGGAGAUCAACCUAUUUGGGCCGGAUGAGAAGGGUCUAAAGUACGGAAACAAUGCCUCGGCCUUUUUCGGGCUGAGCGAUUCUGCCUAUUAUCCGAAUCCCCCGCUAGCUUUUUACUAG